UUGUCAUGGCGGCGUUUCAAACUGUUGACAAGCUCGGACAAAGAUUUGAGAAAGUUAACCAUGUCACAUACUUUAAUCAACAUCCACUUAGAGACGCUACGUGCCUAGCUAAUUUAGCUAUCAUUUCUGUGUAAACUAAACAAGUGGUUACACGCGAUGGUCGAAUGGAUUAUGUUUGGAUUAACGUAAUGUUUGCAAACUUCAAUUCAAAAGCGUAGCUAGUUAGCUAGCUAGCUAAUGCUAACUAGCAUUAGCAUUAGCUAACGCUAGCUAUAUAUCAAGAAUUGUUUGCUGUUUUGACAGAACUGUAAUGAGUGCACAGUUGUCGAGUUGUCCCACGGCUUCUGUAGGACAGCACAGUCCCAGGAGAGACUGGCUUGUUUCAGGUUCAACCCGAAACGGGCCCAUUUUAUCUACUGAGAUGUCCCAAACCAAGCUAUUGUUCAAUGAAGCCAUCCCUGCAAGUACCAGCAACCGUGCCACCCAUAUAUGCCAGCCAGCCCCAAUAGUGAUAGAGAGGCUGCUGCCGCUGUCAGAGGAGCGUGAAAAAGGUGGCAGCACCAGAAGCUCCAUCAGCUUUACCACUCUCUCAGAAGAGAGACUGCGGGCUGCGGUGCAGCUGGCCAAGCGAGAUGUGAGACGAAGGCGCCUUGAGUCACUCAUAAAAUCCCCUGCUAAACCCAAACAGGAGGCCUCCCUCCUUGAAAUGAGUGAUGUCGAGUUGCUCCAGGAGCUUGCAGCCACUCCGAAUAAGAACAAGUUAAAAACCUCCAGUCCAAAAGAGAAAGCAACCCGACCUGGACGCAAAUUGUUGGUGCGCACACCCCAGAAGCGUCCCAUUUCUUCCUUGCCUCGGAUUGGCCAGUCACCCCCAACCAGAGACCCUGGCCCAAGGCAAUUUGAAGGAGGCAAACGGACUCCUUUAAGCCAGGAGAUUUGCAAGCUGCAGAAUGAGCUAGAAGUGUAUAUUCAGAAAGUAGAAGAGCUAGCCAGCAAAGGGGAGAAGAUAGAAGAUCCACUGGAGCCUGAAGAGCAAAACAAGCUGGAGAUACGCAGACAAAAGCAGGCAGCCCGCUCAGCACGUGUCAUCUAUGUUCUUCAGCAACAGGUAAACGAGAUACAAGAAGAUAUAGAGAAACUACGAAGCCAGAAAAUGCACGGUGCCAAAAAGUCCAUGGCAAUAAACAGGCUUGCAGCUGCCCACCGUGGGACACUCAGGGCCUUACAGGUUGUAAUCCACCAGCUUUCAGAUGUAUCUCAUGGCAAGGUACCCCCUUAUUACAAAGAGCUGAGCCAGCUGAUUCGCCAGCUCUCUUUGUGCUCAGCUAAGGUUGAAGUACAACAGUGUUCAGCUGUGCCUGAGACGGCCCUCGACAUCCUGCAGAAACUAGAGACUUUGGAUUCUGCCCUCAGUAAACAAGAGCUGCUCGAAAAGAUGCAGGCCCAAGCAUGUCCUCCACACAGGAAGUCUCCUCAUCGCAGCAUGUCACCUACUAGUGCACCCAAGGGUCCCAGCACCUCAGCUGUUCAAGGUCCUCGCAAACCGGCAAAUCCCAAAAGAGGUGUCCGUGCAGGUAGGAGGAUGACCUCACAGAAGCCCAAAACUACUUCUCACCAGCUUCUGAACAGGAGAGAGGUGCUCAGGGCUGGCCUGGAGAGCCUGGCCCAGAGAGAGCUCAGAGAGCUGCAGGGACCACCUCAGACCACCUGCAGAAAAGGAGGGGCUCUACACUUUGAGAGAAGCAGGGCUGACAUUAUAAUGAAGCGUAAUCAGAUAAAAGAGGCAGGUUUCCAGCAGCCUACGGUCUCCUCUCAGCUCCGAGUGAACCAGCUGCCCCAAAAAGAGCGCUCGGUGCCCUGGAUACCUACAUCGCCUCACUCUCCUCCUCCACAGCGAUCCCCUCCAAGGAGAAGACCAGAGCCUCGAUGUCUUUUCUCUCCCGUGAAGCCCUUGGUCAGCCCUCCAAAGCAGACGGUGGCCGGUGGUUUGGUAGCAGAGCCGGCCUUGAGCUCAGAAAAGAAGAAACAAGCUCAGAAUGAAGCAUUAAGGAAAGCCUGGUUGGAUAAGAUGACGAUGCAGAGACUGAAGGAGCUCAAACAGCUGAGUAAAGAAGAGGCUGAAUGCAUUCAGACAUUAAGUGUGGGUGUGUUUUGGUUUACAGGUCAGAAGUUGUCUCGGAGAGAAUUCAGCCCCUUCUGGAUGAAGAAGCACAGUGACAGGAUGUGCUCCUCGCUGUCUGAACAGGCUGCAGAGAGGGCAGCAGAGAGUGCUGAGCAGCUGAGUGAGGCGCUGCUGGAAGAUCUGUUGGAGGACACUGCGCGGGCGGCGUGGGCUGCUGAGACAGAGGGACAGUUGGAGGGCAUGGCCCUGUGUAGGCUGCAGGCCCCCACCCUGGAGAGUAUGCUGCUUCGUAUGGAGGAGAUACAGAGAGAUCAGGAGGAAGUGAGGAGACGGUUUGCUUCUAUCACCUACUCAGACCCUCUUCACUGGGAGCGACCAGGAGCAGCAGGAACCCAGUACCAUGCUCCGGGCUCCAGGCCAACCUCUCCUCAGCCAAUUAGUGUUACAAGGCCAGUGCCGAGGCAGAGCUCUGCAGCUGAUAUUGUCCUAGAGAAACCUGUGGAGACUGGGCACAGCGUCCUCUCUGAGAACAGCCUGACAGAGGAGGCAUCCCAGGAUGAACAGCAGCACAGACACAGCGCCGUGUUCCCAGGCCCGUUGGAGAGAAGCCGGGGGACUGCUAUCUCCGUGCCAGGCAGCAUGCUGAGAAACAUCCGGCGGUACCGGGAAGACUACGAGGCCUACCUGCAUGUUGUAGCUCAUGAGGCUGUCGGCAACUUUAACCCCUGGGCCAUCGCAGACAGCCUGGCAGACGAGUUGCUGUCGGAGGCUUUGGCUGACGUGGCAGCAGAGUUUCAGGAUGUUGUGGAGGAGUACGCCGAGGCCGUCUUCACCUCCGAGUUUCUUCAGCCGGUCCAGUCACCGCCUGCUUCAGCUGCGGCUUUGGUCAGCUAAUAGGAUUCCAGCAUCAUGAAUGAAGCAGUUUCUUACAAAUUAUUAUAUGUAAUUAUUUUAGUUGAACAUCUGCAUUGUCAGACUUUCAGCACAAAAGAUGUAAAUAUCAAAGACCUAGGGUCUCUAGUUUCUCAGCGGAUGUUAUACCCUUACACCUAUGUACGUAUUUUGUUAAUUUACAGAGAUUUUUAUUUAACUAGGUUUGUAGAUAUUUUUUUAAUGAAGCUGCAGCAGACAAGAUAGUUGACUUGCACAGGGAGCGUCACAAUACUGUUUGUGGUCCAUCUGUAUCUGUGAUUGAAUUCCGCUGGGAAAGUUUGGUUAGUUUAGAUAAGCUUGGAGAGACCAUUACGACAUUACAGAGGAUUAUAAGAUUACUGCCCUCCCCUUGCACUUGGUUUAAAUCUCCCUAAGGAUUACUCACACUUUCUAUAUUCAUGUUGGAAUAUGGAAAUAAAUCAAAAGCAUACGGUCACCAACAAAAUGAUGUAGGAAACCAAGGGCAUCGUGUGUUUAAUCUAUUGUAACUUAAUUUCCUCUUUUGCUUAAAUGUAUAAAUUAAUGCAGCAUAAAGCUUUAUUUCCCCUAACUGAUAAACGUGUUAAGUCAUGACCACUCUGAGGAGAUACAGUACAGUAAGGAGUAACAUACAUGUAGACGUUCAUUUUAGAGUUUAUAAUUGGUUUCACACCACUUUGUAAUCAUCAUUUCAGUGUUUUUCUUCACUUCUGUUUUAUUUUUUUCCCCACAGAGCUAAAUAAAAAAUGGCCACUGGUUUAUAUACGGUUGCUACCUACCAACUUAAAUCCUGCACAGUAAUGGGGAAAAGUGUCAAUUCUGAAUGCAAAAUAAACAGGAUGGACUUACCAGA